GCAAGAUGGCUGAAGUGAAGCUUGUUGUGAUAGUUUCAGCGUUUGUUGUUUUGGUGUCUGCUCUGCCCUCCUUCGCCACUUUCCUGGGUCCAACGCAACGAAAAGUCAGUCCAUUACUGUUGGAGGAGCAGGUAAUAUGGCUUGCCGGCGGGGGCCAGGGCGGCGUGAGUUCGUACCGGAUCCCGCUGCUGUCCCGCACGCCAAGAGGUCACCUGGUCGCCGUGUGUGAAGCCAGGAAGUACAAUGCUGGUGAUGCCGGGGAAAAAUUCCUGGCCAUCCGCAGGUCAGAGGAUAAAGGUAUGACAUGGCAGCCUCUAGGAUAUGUGUUAGAUGACGGCACCUACUUUGACGGUAUCGGGCUGGGCUCAAUUCUCGUGGACGAAGAGACAGCAACCAUGUUUAUCUUCUACUCCCACUGCCCGCACUUCGAGAAGUGCACGUUUUCCACGACGUACGUGGUGAACAGUACAGACGAUGGGAAAACCUGGGGACAGCCGGUGAACAUCACAGGCAUGAUUGGCAUGCACGGCAGGGAGUUUGAAACAGGACCGGGGUUUGGCAUACAGAAAAAGCAUGCUCCCUACCAAGGCCGUUUGGUCACAUGUGGCCACUCACAUCCAAAACACGGCAGGAUGGUCAGUUGUGCCUACAGCGAUGACCACGGGAGAACGUGGGCUGCCGGACAGGCGCUACUGUCUAUUCCCUUCACCGGCAAGCAUGAAGUUGGAGACUUUGUCCCUGGAGAGACAGAGCUUGUAGAACUACCAGACGGCUCCAUAGUGAUCAACGCCAGGAACCAGUACCACUACCACUGUCGCUGCCGUAUCGUGUUCCGCAGUUUUGAUGGCGGCGAGACGUUUCCCUUGCAGCACCUGUACUUUGAUGAGACCCUGGUGGACUCUGCGGUGGCUGCUGGGCUGUACUACCACGACGGAGUCAUGUUUUUCAGUAAUCCGGCCAAUGACAAGUCAAGAGAGGACAUGACUCUACGUUGGAGUUACGACAAUGGCACAACCUGGGCUGGGUCGUACCAAGUCUGGCCUAAUGCUGCAGCCUACUCCACCCUCAUGAUGCUUCAUACAGACACUGAGGACAGUAAAUACAUCUAUCUUCUGUACGAGAAGGGACAGAAAAAUGCCUACUCCACCAUCUCUCUGGCAAAAAUCAGUAUAUAUGGAGAGCUAUGAUGAAUGUUGUCCUUUAAUCGUUGUUAGUGUGAGAAUA